GUGGCCAUCACACGCUGAUUUUUCUCGACUAAUCACAAAGACAUUGGCACCCUUUAUCUAGUAUUCGGUGCAUGAGCCGGAAUGGUGGGCACAGCCCUAAGCCUCCUCAUUCGAGCGGAGCUAAGCCAACCCGGCGCCCUCUUGGGGGACGACCAAAUUUAUAAUGUUAUUGUUACGGCACAUGCGUUCGUAAUAAUUUUCUUUAUAGUGAUACCAAUCAUGAUCGGAGGUUUCGGAAACUGGCUUGUUCCCUUAAUGAUCGGGGCCCCGGACAUAGCAUUUCCCCGAAUAAACAACAUGAGCUUUUGACUCCUUCCCCCAUCUUUUCUCCUUCUCCUUGCCUCUUCUGGGGUGGAAGCGGGUGCUGGGACAGGGUGAACAGUCUACCCCCCUCUUUCUGGUAAUUUAGCCCAUGCAGGAGCCUCUGUUGAUUUAACAAUCUUUUCCCUUCACCUGGCAGGAAUUUCUUCAAUCCUUGGAGCAAUUAAUUUCAUUACAACUAUUAUUAACAUGAAGCCCCCUGCGAUUUCUCAAUACCAGACACCUCUCUUCGUUUGGUCAGUUCUUAUUACGGCGGUUCUACUACUCCUUUCCCUCCCCGUGCUUGCAGCUGGAAUUACCAUGCUCCUAACAGACCGCAACCUCAACACCACCUUCUUCGACCCCGCCGGAGGGGGAGACCCAAUCCUUUACCAACACCUGUUUUGAUUCUUUGGCCAUCCCGAAGUGUACAUUCUUAUUCUUCCAGGCUUCGGAAUAAUUUCACAUAUUGUUGCCUACUAUUCUGGUAAAAAAGAACCUUUCGGGUAUAUAGGCAUGGUGUGGGCAAUGAUGGCCAUCGGCCUUCUAGGCUUUAUCGUGUGAGCCCACCAUAUGUUUACAGUGGGGAUGGAUGUAGACACACGCGCUUACUUCACCUCUGCCACCAUAAUCAUCGCAAUCCCUACAGGCGUAAAAGUCUUUAGCUGACUUGCCACCCUCCACGGAGGUUCCAUCAAAUGAGAGACCCCCCUUCUCUGAGCACUGGGGUUUAUUUUUCUUUUUACAGUGGGGGGCUUAACAGGAAUUAUUCUUGCAAACUCCUCCCUCGACAUUGUACUCCACGACACCUAUUAUGUGGUCGCCCAUUUCCACUACGUUCUAUCUAUGGGUGCUGUAUUUGCUAUUGUUGCCGGCUUCGUACACUGAUUCCCGUUAUUUUCAGGCUACACCCUUCACAGCACUUGAACAAAAAUCCACUUCGGGGUAAUAUUUGCGGGUGUUAAUUUAACCUUUUUCCCCCAACACUUCUUAGGUCUUGCCGGAAUACCUCGACGAUACUCAGACUACCCAGAUGCCUAUACCCUAUGAAACACGGUCUCCUCCGUGGGAUCUCUAAUCUCUUUGGUCGCAGUAAUUAUAUUCCUGUUCAUCAUCUGAGAAGCAUUUGCUGCUAAACGAGAAGUUCUAGCAGUAGAACUUACGACAACAAAUGUAGAGUGACUACACGGCUGCCCUCCCCCCUACCACACUUUCGAGGAGCCUGCAUUUGUUCAAGUUCAAUCAAACUAA